AGUGUACAGCGUGGUGUACAGCAAACAAUAAAACGGCGAGCGAUAAUAGAAUAGAGUAGUAACACAAUAGAGAAGUAUUAGUGAACUGUAUUUAAGAAUUGUUGGCGUAUUACUACAGAAGUAACAAAUGGACAUAAGAAAAUUUUUCAAAAGACAAACGUCUUCACUAUCUUUACCGUCUAUACAACCAACUACACUGGAAGAGGAUGAGAAUAGUCAGCCUGAACAGCAGCCCGGUACAAGCAAGGAUCUGGAUCAGAAUAUUCAACCAAAAUCAACCACGCACCAUGUGAAAAUAGACGCUUCUGACUUGGGCCAACUAGGUGAAAACGUAUCACAACCUAUUCUUAAAAGAUUUCCACAAACUAUGUUUGGAAAUAAAAAAAGGUCGUUCAGCGCAAACUAUUAUAAAGAUUUUGAUUGGUUGGAAUACAGCGUCAAAACAGAUUCCAUUUCGUGCUAUGCUUGUCGUCAUUUUGGAGCUGCUAUGGAUGAAGAAGCUUUUAGAAUAGUGGGAUUCCGCAACUGGAAAAAAACUGGCGAAAAAUUAAAAAAACAUGGUGCAUCUUUGCAUCACAUUGAAAGUUUCAGUAAAUGGCAUAAUUAUAAAAAGACAAUAAAAAGCGGAAAUGUUUUAUCUCAUCUUUCACAAGCAUAUAGCACCCAGAUAGAGAAAAAUAGGAAUUACUUGAGAAUGUUGGCAGAUAUAACCUUAACAAUGGCUCGUCAAGGCAUGGCUUUCAGAGGUCAUGACGAAAGCGAAAGUUCAUUAAAUAAAGGAAACUUUAAGGAAAUAUGUGGCCUAAUAGCAAAGUAUAACAAGGACUUUGACAUUCUACAUAAUUCCUAUAAAAACUAUACCAGUCCCCAAAUACAAAAUGAAAUUAUUGCCCUCUUGUCACGGGCGUCUUUAAGAAAUAUACUUGAUGACAUUAGACAAUCCGGAACUUUUUCAAUCAUGUGUGAUGAAGCUCGUUCUUUCAAAAAGGAACAAUUGUCUUUAUGUGUUCGCUAUGCAUCGAAAGAUUUAGAAAUUCGUGAAAGAUUCCUUGCAUUUCUUGAUUGUUCAGAAGAUAGAUCGGCUACGGAUUUAUUCAUUUUAAUCUACAAAAAAUUGGAAGAGCUUAAUCUUAGCGACUUGCAGAUGGUAGGGCAAUCCUAUGACGGAGCUGCGGUGAUGUCAGGCAAUACAAGUGGUCUUCAAACACAAAUGCGAGAGAAAUUUCCAGCUGCAAUUUACACGCACUGCUUAGCUCAUAGACUUAACUUGGCUCUGGUAGACUCCUGUAAAAAUGUUCCCUCAAUAUCGACAUUUUUUUGUACUUUGGAAGCACUUUACGAACAUUUUUCAGAUCCUCAAAACCAUAAAAAAUACAAACAAAUAUUGAAGGACAUGAAUAUUGUUCCCAGGGAGUUGAAAACUCUGUCAGAUACUCGUUGGGUGUGUCGAUAUACGACUUGCCACGCUGUUAAAACAUGUUUCGAGGGAAUCGUCACAACACUGGAAAACGAAGUUGCUCAUACAAAUAAUAAACAGUCAAUUACAGCAGUUGGGAUAUUAUCCAGCAUUAAACAACCAUCAUUUAUAAUUCAUCUUUUUGUAUUGGAUGAGGUGUUAAACAUUUUAAAUAUAUUAUCAAAGAGCCUCCAGGAGAAAGGUGCAACUCUGGGGAAAGCAGUUAAGGUUAUUAAAAGUGUUAUGACUUCGUUAGAUGGAAUGAGAAAUGAACAAUAUUAUACCCAUCUUCAUACAAACAUAUCGAACUUUGCCACAGAAUACCAAAUUUCAUUGGAAAUUUCGUCAGCCAAAAGAAAAAAGCAAGCCAGUAGCAAGCUCGUUGACUUCGUCACUGAAACAACCGUAGGAUUGGGUUUGAUAGACGCCACAUGCUCCAGAGCUAACGUAGGAGUCAUUGAGUAUUGGAGGGCAAACAUUUUUUACCGGAUUAUUGAUACUGUAAGAGAAUUUCUGAACAAAAGGUUCUCACCAGAAAGUAUGGCGCUUGCCAAUUCAGUAGAUCAUUUUUUUCAGUUAGAUUUUGAGGGUUCAGAGAAAUUCAUUGAACAAUAUCGCAAAAUUUUAAAUAUCAACACUUUUGCCUUAAGUGCAGAAAUGACCGUUUUAAAAAAUUGUAUUUUACAAUCUAACGAAACUGUUUGUUAUGAAUAUAUAAAAAAAAACUUAAUUGAUUCAGAAAAAACAUAUCCCAACCUCUACCAACUUUUUAAAGUAUCGAUUAUUUUGCCUAUUUCAAGCGCAACGUGCGAGAGGUCUUUUUCUGCCAUGAGGCGGAUUUUUAACUGGUUAAGAACGACAAUGACUCAAGAUAGACAUUCAGAUUUGGCUUUGUUGUAUAUAGAAAAAGAUGUAGACAUAGACUUAGAGAGUGUUGUAAAUUCUUUUAGUGAACAGAGUAGGAAGUUUCUCUUGUAAGUAAUAUUUUGUUAAUAUUUUGUUUUUAUAAAUAUUUAUCGCAGUGUAUAUAUUAUAUUAUGUAUUAGGUAUAUUAAAAAAAUAAAACCAGUAUACUAUUAUAACG